UUCGUGUUCUUGAUACUGAUGCCCGACGUCGUUCCAGAGUACUGAAGACUGCGGCUUGAUGGCUUCCUGGACAAUCGACGGUGUCCAGAAUGGCAUCUGGAUCGCAGGCACCAUGCAGACACUUGACGCAAGGCAUUACGAGCUGUUUCUACAUGAUGAGUGGAAAACUGGAGAAUGGAAAUACGAGCAGCUGGCCGCACACGAAGCACCAUUCCAUUGUCCCCAAGCUGCUGGGGGUCUUUUUGACGCAGGAAUUGUUGGACGUCAAGAGCUUAAAGCUAUUCUUACCUUCUCAGGAGCAUAGCAAGGUCGCAUGCAGUUGCUGCCAGCACCAACUUGCAACCGAAUGAAGGUGUGUCGAAUCUCCUUUUAUUCAGCAAUGACUCCUGCUUGAUGUGAGACUCAUGAAGUAAGUUUACAGGACUGAAAGUGCGGUGUGAAGUUCUUAGAGGCACUGGAGGGCAUAUAUCCGCAAUU